AUGGCCGGCUCUUCUUCAUCAUCACCAUCAAUGGGGUUUGAUUUUGAUGAGAAACUACAUGUUUUAGCUGUUGAAGCUGUUGAUGAUGGCUUGAUAGAUCGGAAAGCUAUUGAAAGGUUACUCAUCAACUCUGAAUAUAAAGGUAUGUUUGUCCAUGGGGUUUUGGUGAACCUUGUUAUAAGUUUCCUAGUUUCUACCCAUGGUUUUGUAGGAGCAAAGACAGCUGAUUCUGAUAAAACGGACUUGAAGGUGAACCUGAUCAUCACAGACUAUUGCAUGCGAGGAAUGACAGGGUAUGAGUUAUUGAAAAGAAUUAAGGUGCAUGGAGGAAGGAGCUCAAGAGUUCUUGCUAAAGCCUCUUCAGCUAUCAGGCGUGACAAAACUGAGUGCCAUAUAAAAAAGCAGAACAAUCCAUCACAAGGAGGCUUUGCAGGGGAAGAUGAACAUGCAGAAAAGAUGUCAAAAGGAGAGACAUGA